GGUUGUGCUGGCUGGAGGGGCAGUUGUCAGCUUGCCCUUCUAGCCUUUCUCCUGAUUGGGCUGCUGGAGAGCACCCAAUGGCACUCGGGGAAAGGACCCCAGGACUGUUAGGGUUGGAGUGAGGCUUGGCUAUGUGAGCGGUCCUGACGAGUCAUCUCAUCAAACUACAAGUUGGCUCCGAGGUAGAUGUCUGUCGUCUGUGCCAUCUCAGCCUGGACCUUGACUGUGCUCUCCAGACAAGCACGGUAAGGUCAUCAGCGUGCUGCUGGAAUGGAGCGAGCCUCAGAGGAAUGUGACACGGUGGAGCCUUUCCACAGGGUCACGCCCCUGCUGGAGAGCUGGGCGCUGUCACGGGUGGCAGGCAUGCCCAUCUUCCUCAAAUACGAGAAUGUGCAGCCAGCUGGCUCCUUUAAGAUCCGGGGCAUCGGGCAUUACUGCCAGCAGAUGGCCAAGAGGGGAUGCAAACGCCUGGUGUGUUCCUCAGGGGGCAAUGCAGGCAUUGCGGCCGCGUACUCGGCUCAGAAGCUGGGUAUCCCUGCCACCAUCGUGCUCCCGGAAAACACUUCCUCCUUGCAGGUGGUGAGGCGGCUGGAGGCUUUGGGGGCUGAGGUCCAGCUGUUUGGGAAGGUGUGGGAUGAAGCCAACAUGAAGGCUCAAGAACUGGCCACAAGGGACGGCUGGGUGAACGUCUCCCCGUUUGACCAUCCCCUGAUAUGGGAAGGCCACGCCAGCCUAGUUCGAGAGCUGAAGGAGUCACUGGGGACCCCACCGGGUGCCGUGGUGCUGGCCGUGGGGGGCGGAGGGCUCCUAGCUGGCGUGGUUGCUGGCCUGCUGGAGGUAGGCUGGCAGCACGUACCCAUUGUUGCCAUGGAAACCCGCGGGACACACAGUUUCAACGCGGCCUUGCAGGCAGGCAGGCUGGUCACCCUGCCAGACAUCACCAGUGUAGCCAAGAGCCUGGGAGCCAAGACGGUAGCUGUACGGGCCUUGGAGUGUGCAAAGCAGUGUGAGAUCCUCUCUGAGGUGGUAGAGGACCGGGAGGCUGUCAGAGCUGUGCAGAGGUUUCUGGAUGACGAGCGCAUGCUGGUGGAGCCUGCCUGCGGUGCCUCCCUGGCUGCCGUGUACUCGGGCAUCCUGAGGAGGCUGCAGGACGAGGGCCGCCUGAGCCUUGCGGGGGCCCCUGUCGUGGUCAUCGUGUGUGGAGGCAACAACAUCAACAGCCAGCAGCUCCAGGACCUGAAAACCCAGCUGGGCUGCGCCGAAGAAUCUCAGUAGUCUUUCCCUCCUCCUCCAGAGAGACCUCCUGGAUUGUUCCCGGAGGGUCUUUGUAGUCCAGUGAAUAAAUCUGCCUGAGCCGAG